AUAAAUAAGGCGAACUAAACAAGCCCCAUGUACUGAGUUAGUAAGUACUCCGUAUAAUACUACGGAGUACUCCCCUCUACCAUACUCUCACACAUACUUACCACCGAAAGCAAGAGCUUUUGUUUUUACUAAACCCCAAAAUCAACUAAAAAAAAACAAGUAAAAAAAAAAAAAAAUCUGCCUCAAAAUCCCAUCUCAUAUAAAAAAGGACAAGCGUGAUAUCUCCUUACUUCUCUGAGAUUAUAAAUCUCAUCCCUCUCCCCUUCCUCUCCCCCCUUCCCCUUUCACUUCACUUCUUCCAUUAAAAAUUUCACACCAUUUUCUCUCUCCUCUCUACUCUACUCUCUGAGUAGCAAGAGAGGCUAUUAUUAUCAAUGACGAUUAUCUUUAUCAUUUGUUAAAUCUCUCACCAUUAUGAAAACUACUAUGUAAACCACCCAAACAAAAAAAAAAAAAAAAAACCAUUUUUUUCAUCUAAAGUUGAAAAUUUUCAAAAAAAAAAGAAAAAAUGGCAUCUUCGGAUGAAUUCCAACAAAACCCAUUCUCUCUGUUAGACGCUCUGUAUUGCGAGGAAGAGAAAUUGGAAGAUGAUGAAGCGAACAACGGUGAAGACGAAGAAUGGGAUAAACCAAACAAUUACAACAAUGGCGGUUUUUUACUUCCACUUCUUUUACUAGAACAAGAUUUGUUCUGGGAAGAUGAAGAAAUCCGAUCUCUGUUUUCUAAAGAAGAGGAAGAAAAAAAACAGGGGAUUAUUUUUUCGUCCGAAAAUGGUGGAUUUGAUGUUAAAACUCUUUCUUCUUCGAGAAAUGAAGUUGUUGAAUGGAUUUUAAAGGUCAAUUCCUAUUAUGGGUUUUGCACCUUAACUUCUGUUCUUGCUGUAAAUUAUCUUGAUAGAUUUUUAUCAAGUUUCUGUUUUCAAAAGGAUAAACCUUGGAUGUUUCAGCUUACUGCUGUUACUUGUCUUUCUCUUGCUGCUAAAGUUGAAGAAACCCAUGUUCCUCUUCUCCUUGAUCUUCAAGUUCUUGUGGAAGGAGGAAACUAUGUGUUUGAUGCAAAGACAAUACAGAAGAUGGAGUUGUUAGUGUUGUCGACAUUGGAUUGGAAGAUGAAUCCAGUGACCCCACUUUCGUUUCUUGAUCAUAUAAUCAGACGGCUAGGAUUGAAGAAUCAUCUUCAUUGGGAGUUUCUCAGGAGAUGUCAAGGACUCUUACUCUCUCUCCUCUCUGAUUGGAGAUUUGUGAAUUAUCUACCAUCAGUAUUGGCAACUGCCACAAUGAUGCAUGUCAUUGACCAGAUUGAGCCAUGUAACCCUCUUGAUUACCAAAAUCAGCUUUUGGGUGUGCUUAAUAUCAGCAAGGACAAGGUGAAUGAUUGUUAUCAACUGAUCGUGGAGAAAUCAUUAUGCGGAAGCAAAACCGAAGACAAUCGUAAGGCAAAGAGAACGUUCGACGAAAUGAUGACGGCGAAAAACAACUAUCCUCCUCCCCCCCCUCCUCCGGGACCUCAACAGCCUACUUCAAGCAGUGAUGUUAUUCCAAGCAGCCCGAGUGGAGUAAUGGAAGCAUACUAUCUUAGCUGUGACAGCUCCAAUGAUUCAUGGGCUGCCACGACGACUACUCAAAUGAUGGGAUCAUCAUCUACAUCUUCGUUGUCAUUGUCAUCGUCUUCAUUGUCUUCUUCAGUAUCCUCCUCACCAGUGUUGAGCAGGAAGAAGAGUAGAGUGCAUGAACAGCUCAUGCCAUUGCAGCUGCCCUCUCUCUCAAGAGUCUUUGUCGACGUCGUUGGUAGUCCUCGUUAAGCUUAUUCCGGUCCAAUUCUCUCCUUUUGGCGGUCUAUUUUCGAACUAGAGCCUUUCUCUUAAGUCCUAUAUACUUGCAAAAAAACGGGGACAUAUUUAUAUCAUAUAAUAGUAAACACUUGUAUAUUAUAUGGUUAUAAAUUCAUUCCCGCCCUACCAUUUUAAAUUUCAUGUAUGUUCAAUGCAAUUAUGUUAUGCUUCAUGUAUGUAUGUGCAUGCAUGCAUGCAUUCAUGAACUAUAUAUUAUAUGAUGAAUGGGAGAAGAAACUUUGCAUGCAUGCAUGAAUGCAUGUGAAGAAAAGAAACAUGGAGUGGGGCCCAAAUGAGGAUUUUUGGUGAGCAAGACUUUGGACCUUAUAUAUUGGGGGGUUUGACCUAGAAGAAGUGGGCCACCACUAACAAAAAAGGACUAAAGAGGAAGUACUAUUUUUGUAUCUAUUUUCUGAUUUUUCUUUGGUUUUAUUAGAGGGAGUAGGGGAAUGAAUUGACUGUACACCAUUCAUUUUAACCUACUCCAACAAUCAUGAUUAAUUAAUAAAAAUUAGUAUUAAGUACAGUUUUGUGAA